AUGACGACAGAGAAGAGUUUAGUGGCUGAGGCUGAAAAUUCACAGCACCAACAACAGAAGGAAGAGGGUGAGGGAUCCACAAACUCAGACCAACAAAAAACUCAGCUGGAGGAGGCUUCUCAAACAGCAGCUGAAGGAGAUAAUCAGUGUGAGCAGAAGCUGAAGUCAUCUAAUGGAGAUACUCCUACACAUGAAGACUUGACCAAGAACAAGGAGCGGACAUCAGACAGCAGGGGCCUGUCACGACUGUUCUCCUCAUUUCUCAAAAGGCCCAAGUCUCAGGUCUCUGAGGAAGAAGGCAAAGAAGUAGAGUCAGAUAAAGAAAAAGGUGAAGGUGGUCAGAAAGAGAUAGAAUUUGGAACCAGUCUUGAUGAAGAGAUCAUUUUAAAGGCCCCAAUUGCAGCUCCUGAACCUGAACUCAAAACAGACCCAUCCUUGGAUCUUCAUUCAUUAAGCAGUGCAGAAACACAGCCCGCUCAGGAAGAACAGAGAGAAGAUCCAGAUUUUGAAACUAAGGGAGGACUUGAAGAGUGCUCCAAAAUAGAAGUAAAAGAAGAAAGUCCUGAAUCAAAAGCAGAAAGAGAGUUAAAAGCCUCCCAGAAAUCAAUCAGAAGACACAGAAACAUGCACUGCAAGAUUUCUUUGUUGGAUGACACAGUUUAUGAAUGUGUUGUGGAGAAGCACGCCAAGGGACAAGAUUUGCUUAAGCGAGUAUGUGAGCACCUCAAUCUUUUGGAAGAAGACUAUUUUGGUCUAGCCAUUUGGGAUAACACAACCUCUAAGACAUGGCUGGAUUCUGCCAAAGAAAUAAAAAAGCAGCUUCGUGGUGUCCCUUGGAAUUUCACAUUUAAUGUAAAGUUUUAUCCACCUGACCCAGCACAGUUAACAGAAGACAUAACAAGAUAUUACUUAUGUCUUCAGCUUCGGCAGGACAUAGUUGCAGGACGUCUGCCCUGUUCCUUUGCAACCUUAGCAUUAUUAGGUUCUUAUACCAUCCAGUCUGAGCUGGGAGACUACGACCCAGAACUCCAUGGUGUGGAUUAUGUUAGUGAUUUUAAACUGGCCCCAAAUCAGACCAAGGAACUUGAAGAGAAGGUCACGGAACUGCAUAAGUCAUACAGGUCCAUGACUCCAGCUCAAGCUGACUUGGAAUUUCUUGAGAAUGCCAAAAAGUUGUCCAUGUAUGGAGUUGAUCUUCAUAAAGCAAAGGACUUGGAGGGAGUGGAUAUCAUCCUAGGUGUCUGCUCUAGUGGCCUUCUUGUUUACAAAGAUAAGCUGAGAAUUAACCGCUUUCCUUGGCCCAAAGUGCUGAAGAUUUCUUACAAACGUAGCAGCUUUUUCAUCAAGAUUCGACCUGGAGAGCAAGAGCAGUAUGAAAGUACCAUCGGAUUCAAACUUCCCAGUUACCGAGCAGCUAAGAAAUUAUGGAAAGUCUGUGUAGAGCAUCACACAUUUUUCAGAUUGACAUCUACAGACACCAUUCCCAAAAGCAAAUUUCUUGCACUGGGAUCCAAAUUUCGAUACAGUGGCCGUACUCAAGCUCAAACCAGGCAAGCUAGUGCUCUAAUUGACAGGCCUGCCCCACACUUUGAGCGUACAGCAAGCAAACGGGCAUCCCGGAGCCUUGAUGGAGCAGCAGCUGUUGAUUCAGGAGACCGAAGUCCUCGGCCCACCUCUGCACCAGCCAUUGGUCAGAGUCAGGUCGCAGAAGGGAGCGUUCCAGGUGCAUCUGUCAAAAAAACAGUGGUCUCUAAAGUACAGAAGGAAACAGAGAAGGUUGAAGUGAAAAAGGAAGAAGAGCCAUCUGAGCAAGCUGAGCCAGAGCCCACAGAAGCGUGGAAGGUGGAAAAAACCCACAUCGAGGUUACAGUACCCACCUCAAAUGGUGACCAAAUACAGAAGCUUGCAGAAAAAACUGAAGAUCUGAUAAGAAUGAGGAAGAAAAAGAGAGAGAGACUAGAUGGUGAAAACAUUUAUAUCAGACAUAGCAAUUUAAUGUUGGAGGAUUUAGAUAAGAGUCAAGAAGAGAUAAAAAAACAUCAUGCCAGCAUCAGUGAACUGAAAAAGAACUUCAUGGAAUCUGUACCAGAACCACGGCCUAGUGAAUGGGAUAAACGCUUAUCUACUCAUUCUCCCUUCCGAACUCUUAACAUCAAUGGGCAAAUCCCCACAGGAGAAGGAAGUACAAAUGGCAUUCGCACAGAGGAGGUGGCUGUCGUGACAAAGGGGCCAUCUACUAACCCUGACUCUGAAUGGGAGGGCCCCAAGCAUUCAGUAGUUCAUAGUGAGAGCCAGAUGAGCACCCCGUCCGAGUCUCCGCAAUGCUUUCACUUUGGCUCCCUCUCCAUAAGCAGCAAGGAGACAGAAGAGAAGGAGCAGGGGGCAGCUGGCUGUCUUGAUAUUAAGGAGAUGCCAAGUGGGGAAUGUAUAGGAGUGGAGGAACAGGCCAGUGCCUUAAAAUUCUCAGUAACAUCAGCUUCCUGUCAGCUGCGACUUGGUGAAAAAAAGGCAGAGAGUAGUGAAGAACAUGUUACACCAGGAGAGCCACUUGGAAAACAAAAUGGAUCAUUUCUUGACUCUUGUAUGGGUAACCAGUUCCCCACCUUCAUUCGAAGUUUCCAGCCUCCCCUGGUGAAGACUCAAACUGUCACCCUCUCAGAUACCGCCAAUGCUGUGAAAAGUGAAAUCCCAACCACAGAUGUCCCUAUUGUUCACACCGAGACCAAGACCAUCACUUACGAGGCUGCCCAGGCUGAUGACAGCAAUGGGGACUUGGACCCCGGAGUCUUGCUGACAGCUCAGACCAUCACAUCCGAGACCACAAGCAGCACCACCACGACUCAGAUUACCAAGACUGUAAAAGGUGGGAUUUCAGAGACCCGGAUUGAAAAGAGAAUUGUGAUCACUGGAGAUGCCGAUAUUGACCAUGAUCAGGUCCUCGUACAAGCCAUCAAGGAGGCCAAGGAGCAGCACCCAGACAUGUCGGUGACUAAGGUGGUUGUCCAUCAGGAGACCGAGAUCGCGGAGGAAUAAGCUCAGGAACUCUCCUACCCCCAACUCCCUGCCCUUCUGCCAUCCAAGAGAAACCAGCAAAAUGAUGAAGAAGCUAACCUGCAAUAGUCAAGACUUCAGACUCUCAAGAUUAUUCUAAACUGCCAGAAAAUUAAUUUCAUUUUCUAUUUGGAGUUUAUACCAAGAGAUUCUUCUAGAUAUCACUGAUCCUUUUGAAGACCUUUUUCUAUAUUGUGAUACGAGAAAUUGUUCAACUUUUCACUGUAUGGACUGUUUUUAAAGUUUUUGGUUUUUUUCAUGGAGUGGUUUGUAACCCCUUCAAACUAGCUUCUCCCCAUUUAUUUCCAGCCCAGAUACUGACAGCGUCCACAGAAUUCUUUGGGAAAUCCUCCAAAGACUCUGUCAGCUGUGUUGAGGCCAAAGCCAGUUUAGUGGGACUUCCUGCUCCUCCCUUAGUUUUAUACCCUUUGAAUGACAGCAGAAACUUCAUGAAACAGCUCUUUCCCAGAGCCAGUGAUGUGACUUUACCAGAAUGUCAGGCAGAGCAACUGCCCUGAUCCACAGACCCCUGAAAAGUGUCCCUGACCCUUUGUUGAGGGUGAUUUUGGUGAGGCAGAGACCUCUGCUAAGAAUGUAGUAUUGUUUUUCCUUCCUCCCUCCUGUUCCUUCUUUUUGAAGCUUCUUUAGGUCAAAGACAUAAGAAGUUGCUUCAGAUCUGUCUUAUACUGUGAAUGUUUGAAUAUAUCCAUGGCCUUCACCUUCCCACUGCCCUUUAACCUCAUCAAAAGCCGUGGCUAAGUGUUCCCCCAAGCUCCCAUCUUGGGAGACCAAAACUCAUGGAAAAAUAGGCACUUUUGACCAAAAGCUCUAAUGGAACAUUUUUGGUGAUGAUUUGGGGAAGGAAAGUUAAUGAGGUUUUUUAAAUAAGGUUUUCUAGUUCUGGGAGUGUGCACUUCACACUGGGGAAUGGUGAAGUUUACCUCAAUCCAGUCUUGCUAAGAAGUAUUUCCAGGUAACCAUCCUUGGGCCUCUUUCUCAUCCUGGGAUAAGGAAUGUGGCUCUGAGAGGAGGUUGUGUUCUCUGACCUUUCUUCUCCCAACAGGCAUUUGCCUGAGGACACGCUUCUGGAGCAAGGGAAUUGGCUUUUAGGGGCCUUCCUUCCCACAAGACAACACACGAUAGGGUACAAGCCCCAGCUCCACUCACUCCCUCUUGCCCUCUGAGGUCUGUCAGGUUUUGCAGGCUUGGUUUUGUAGUGGGUUUUGAGUUUAGUUUCUUUUUCCUUUUUUUUAUUGGUGGGGGGGUGGUGUUGGUUUUGGUUUUGAAAAGAGGGCUGGUGUCCCCAAUUCCUGAUAAGGAUUUAGGGUCAUUUUUAUUCAACAGGGCCUCUCUAAUCUUCCAGCUUAUUUCUCACAAACAGAUCUUCCUGGAAGCUUCUUAAAAUCCUAACUUUAGGCUAGAAGUGAACUUCAUGAGAUAGACAGUGGGACAGCAGGUCAGGAACAGCAACUGCUGCGGGCUUGAGGGCAGUGAGCAAGGGGGAAGUCUAAAGCCUCUGCUCCUGACACUGAGAGCCAGCACAUGUCCAAAGUCUUUGCCAGUUGAGUUUUGUUCAGACAGACUCAGCUACCUUGAACUGAUUUGGGGUGUGUGCAUUUUUCUUUUAGUACUCAUGUGAGACUGUUACCACCAACAGGAGGGAAGGGAAGAGCACAGGUGGGAUGGGUGACAGGCUUGGGGGAAUGGAGAUUGUCUCGUCUCAGGUACAAACUUACAGGUUGUGGGCAUAGGUCUGAAAUGAUAGGGCUUUCUGGGUGGUGCCCAAGCCUGGCCCGUGAUGCCAGGAAUGGCGGCAAGUUAGAAAUCCAACUCCCAUUGGGGCUGGCCUGUUAGCUCACUUGGUUAGAGCAGGGCAUUGUAACACCAGGGUCAAGGGUUCGGAUCCCCAUACCAGCCAGCUGCCAAAAAAAAAAAAAAAAAAAUCUAACUCCCAUCGAACAAUCAUGGAAUGUGAGCUCACUUCCCAGUGGCCAGCUGUCCUGCUAUAAGAGCUACUGGGGCUCACAGACCUCCAGAAUGAGUGGGGGGAAAGGAAGAGGACAUACCAUGUCCCUUUACAAUUUUAGCAUACUGAGUGUUCUGUGCUAUCCAGAUCAGUGAAUCUGGGGGCCUAAACUUUCCCUCAACUCUGUCACCAACUCACUUCUCCUCUCUGCUUUCUUGUCUGUAUUGUAAAUUGGGUCAGAAGAACUCUUAAUGCCUUUUUAGCUCUGAGAAGCUAUGAUUGGAACAAGCCUAGCAAGAGGGGUGUCCUUCCAGGCCUCUUCCCCUUUCCUCCCUCUCUGGCAACAGAUCUUGGGGUUUGGCAAUUUUCUGGAUUCUUUUUCUGCAGUUUGUGUGUGUGUGUGUGUGUGUGGAAAAACAGACUCUGUCCAGGUAGAAAUGGUGAAGAGGGGGAGGAGAGUUAUAGUUCCAGGGUCAGAGACUUGGCAGCAAUUUUCCUAAAGUGAUUCAGACACACCACAGUAACUUAACUUUCACUGCAAGUUUAUUUUCACUUGAGAAAUAAGGAUUUUCUCCAGGCCACAUGAGGUCUCUGCUACCCACCCACAAAGCAAGACCUGUAUUCAUAAGCUGAGCACUUAGGGAGCCUAACUGCAGGGACAUGUCAGGGCACCUUUGUCCCCCUCUCCCCAGGCCCAUCAGUGUGUUCUAGGGGAAUGCUGGGCAGCUGGGGAUAAGAUGACAGUCCACCUUGGGGAAUGCAGCCCGAGCUGAAGCCUGACCAACACCCUUUGAUGCUCAUGGGAAAUCUGUCCAGGAUCUCAGCACGAGGCUGGUUGCUUUUACAAAUCUCUCAGAUUUAUUAUUUUGGUGAGAAAAAUGAAGGAGCUUUGUAAAUUUUUUAAAAAUUAUGAACAAUAUCAAGUAGUUGUUUACAUUUCUUGACAAAAUAGGAACUAUGGCAGCAGAAUCAAAUUGGCAAAAUCCUUCAAUUAAAUAGGCAAUAAUUAGGUCUGCUGUUUUGGCCUUUUGUAGUAAGAGAAGUGGUUGUAGUGUUUAGAUAUGUGUUCGGUCUUGCUUCUUGUAUUGCAUUUUUCAAUAAACUUAAAAAAAAAAAAA